GAUAUGAAAUGUUUUUUGUUUUUUUUUUGGUCACUAAUUGAUAUUGAGUUGGUUUUUUUUUUAAAAGGUUGCAGUACUGAAGGUUUGUGAAAGUGAGGAGAGAGUGGUGAGGUCAGAGUGAUGUGUCAUGAUAGGUAAGUUGAAACUGAGGGUGUGAUCAACACUGCCUGUCAGACGUUUUUGAACACGCUAAAUGUAUAAAAAAAAAAAAAAAAAAAAAAAAAAGGUUAAAUCUGAAGUAUAAUGAAACUGUAGAUUCAUAGUAAAUACACAUUAAUAAUAUAACUAGUGUUUGUGGCUUUUUAUUUGAUCGGAGCCUGGAUCUUGGUCCCUGUAGCAAGCAGAAAACUGUUCUCAUUUGGAUCAUUAUGUACUGUUGGUCUCACAUAUGUUUUGCAGUCCUAGACUUUCACAGUUUCUAGAUACCUUUUCAUGUUUCAGGUUGCCCAAAGACCAUUUGCCAUUUAAGACAAUCUUUUAAUCUCUGAAUAAUAUGGACAUCAUAAUAGACCAAAUCAAAAAAAUCUCACACAAAAGCUAAUAUUCUAGCUCCAAGUUAAAAGCAUUUCCAUAUUUUUUUCUGAUUUCAUGUCAUUCAAAGCUAACCGAUUCCUCGCUACUUUCAACACUGCUUGAGAUUUAACCCAAAAAAUAACAAAGUAAAAUCGUACAAUAAGCUGUUCAAAGACGUAUGACGUAUUUUUCUUUUCGACUGUGCUGAAUAAGAACAAAUAAUUAAUGAGGUGUCCGUUGUUACUGGUCAUUCAGACAAUUACAUUAUUCACCUUUUUCAGUCUGACCCGAUCGAUAUGUUGAUAUUAAAGCAGUAGAUUAAUCUCCUUCCCUCUUUAACUGAAUUGAAAAAGCUCUGACUGUGCUUUACAUUCGCGACGGCCACACGACUUUCUUCACACACAACCACAGGAUGAACAUAACACGUGAACAUUCAUGUUCGUAUUACAGUCAGUGACACACAGUAUUAGUGUACACACAAAACGCCCACGGAAGCCGCAUAGCUCUCAUGCACAUGGAUCUCACUGCUAACAUAGUGAGAACCUCUGUGAUCUGAAGUCCCUUGCAGGAAAAAUAUAAAAAUAUGCUGAUACUAUAUCUGCUUAGGUUUCUCCUUUUGGAUGAAAGCAAUACUGGAAACAGUCAUCCAGUGCUCGGUCCUGUUAUAUGUAGUCCAUUUUAAAUGUUAAAUCACCACUGCCCCAUUUGAAAAUUUAUAAAACUGUAAUAAAAAUCAUCCUGCUGUUUCAUGGCUUUAAUACGGCAGUUAGUCACAUUUAAAUCUCCUAAAAUGUCACUCCCCCAGAGAGCUAGUGCGCCACAGCUAAUAACUUAGAUGUGUUUUUAACGGUCAGCGGAGAGCCUCAUGGUUUUAUUUGUGAGUUUUUAAGUUUUGACAUUGUUAUUCAAAGGUCCAGAUUUUCUGACUUGGCGGAGAACAACACAUACUUGUAAAUAUGCAUUUUCUAGGUAUUUACAAACAAGAACUUUGGGAGCGCCUCAAUUUUGUAGAAGCUGUUCAAAGAAGAGGUAUGCCCUUUUUAAUUAUGCAAAUUCACAAAAAAAUAAUAAUUCUAGAAAUGGACAACAACAACCAAGUUGGUAGUUGCGACAUCUUGUUGUAACUUUUUAGAUUUUUUUUUUUUUUUUUUACUUAAGAUGGUGUCUGGCUGAUUUGACAAAGAGGAGAAUUUCUGUUGCAGCUGUUAUAAGAUGACUUAUUUCACUGUACAAUACAUAUUUUAAAGUAUAUGUUGCUGGAUUUGUCCUGUUCUGUUAUCUCACCGCUGUACAACAAUCAACAUUGCUUCUUUUUUUUUUUUUUUUUUUUUUUUUUAAAUGUGAAGAAUUUUUUCUUUUUCUUUUCAUGCAUGUUGAGAUGAACUGGCUGGUUUUUAUCCCUGUUUUUAUCAGUUUGUAUUGAUUUGUGGAUGAAAAAAACAAAAACAAAAAAAAGCUUUUGUUCAACCUACAGAGUCAAAUUUUGGUAUAUUAUUUGAUGUGUACAAUUAACUCGUGACAUUAUCAACAAAACUAUUAUAAUAUUUUACUAACAUGUCAAUCAAAUAUGUAAUGGUUAUGUAAGUUCUUCUUUUCUGCAGUUGCUUAGCAGGGCUAAAGCUGAGGUUGCUCCCUGGGGUGUGUUGUAUUUACGAAGCUUUGGACAUGUUUCUUUGGGGGAAUCAUUUCUCCCAAAUGCAGUCGUUGGCUAAUCUCUGAAGUUGUGCAAUACUAAUAUUUCACCGCUUCUUCACUUUUAUUUAUUUUUGAAGCAGAAGAGAUUGAGCCAAAGACUAUUUAAAGGGAUUUUAUUCACAAAUCUUUGUCAUUGCUGAUUUGUUUUUAAGGCUUCAUCUUUGUCCUUUCUUUGUUUCCAAAAUGAGUUUAGCUGUGAAACUAAGGGUCGUUACUCUUUAAAUGAAGUUGGAUUUGAAAUGUUUCACCUCCUAAUAUUGCACCAUAAAUCAUCAUAUGAUUUAUUUUCUUUAAAAACAAUUCUGUGUUGCCUUUUUAAAGAAAACAAAGUGAAACCAACAUGUAUGUUUGUGUGUGUGUGACGCACGGAAAGGGAGCAACCUUCUGCCCAGCCAGUAGAGAGAACUGUGUUCAGCCUUCUAUAAACGCCACAUCUCUUCCUGUUAUCUGUUUGCUCUCCUCUGUUCUAACCUCGCUGAAGUGAAUCAAUGGCACACCUGUUCCCCCAGCCCCCCGUUCCCAUUGGUUCCUCCCUCGUGGGUACAAAAUAAUGAAUAGAUCUGUUUUACUUUUUCUUCAUUUCAAUUGGUGGUGGUUAUAAUAAAGGAUUUAGACUGUG